AUGGCGUCUUUUGCGCUAACGUUACAUAUUCCGUCGGUGGUGUCAGUGAGGAACACUAAACUCGGACGGAGUGUCAGUGACGGGCCUGAAGGCGGCCGGAAUUGGUCUGGACUUGCAAAGUUGUCGGAGAAAUCGAAGAGUAGACGAGGUUAUGGUCUCGUCUGCAAGGCAGAGCUCUCAGAGCUAGCUCCAGUCGUCUCUGCUGGUUAUGGUGUUCUUCUUCUAGGAGGCGGUCUCUUCGCUUAUAGCAAAUCUGGAAGCAAAGGUUCUCUCUUUGGGGGUUUGACUGGUUCUGUCCUUAUGGCAUCUGCAUACUUCCUUACGAAAUCACCAGAGACAAGAGUCCUCGGUGAUAUCAUAGGUCUCGGCUCUGCCUUCCUCUUCGCUUCUGUCUUCGGAGUUCGUUUAGCAUCUUCCCGGAAACCAGUCCCAUCAGGGCCGCUUCUACUUCUUUCCAUCGCCAUCUUGUCCUUCUUCGUAAUGGCGUACAUGCACGACAGUUUACCAGCUAUUCCCAUACCUGAUCCACUACCUCUAUCUUAG